GGCUCCGGCCGUUACAUCACCAGCAUGGCGGAGCGACGAGCAGGAAUUCCGGGGUAGAGCAACUCUCGGUUGCCCGGCGACCGGCGAUCCCUCUCAGCUAAGCAGCUGUUAGCAGCUUCAGCUCGGGAACGGGGCAGACCCCCCCGGAGGAGGAAGACAAGUGCGUCACCUUGAUGCUCGGAGUUGGAAGUCCUCGAAAGAACUAGAAGAAGAAGAAGAGGUUUUUACAGAAGUGACAGCAUGGAUUUGUUGGCGCUCCCGUACCUGGAUGAACUGUCUCACGGACUGGCAAACUUGUCCAUGUUUCCGUACUUUGACAUGGCGCACUACAUCGUGUCCGUCAUGGCUCUGCGGGAGCAGCCAGGAGCUCUGGAGGUUUCCAGGGCCAGCCCCCUUGCCUGCUGGUUCAGCUCCAUGCUCUACUGCUUUGGGGGGGCGGUGCUGUCGGGGGUCAUGCUGGCCGAGCCCCCUGUGGCGCCUCUGUCCAACGGCACCGGGGUUCUGCUGGCCUCAAUCGUCUGGUACCUGAUCUUUUACUGCCCCAAGGACGCGGUGUACAGCAGUGCUGCCCUGCUGCCCCUCAGGCUGGUGCUGUCGGGGAUGAAGGAGGUGACCCGGACAUGGAAGGUGCUGGGAGGAGUCACUCAGGCGCGCCAAAAGUACAAGGACAGUCUGCUGGUCAUGAUAGCCAUCGGGUGGGCCAGAGGUGCUGGAGGAGGUCUCAUCAGCAACUUUGAGCAGCUCGUUCGUGGUGUUUGGAAGCCGGAGACCAACGAGCUCCUCAAGAUGUCUUACCCCACAAAGAUCACCCUGAUCGGGGCGGUGCUGUUCACUCUUCAGCAGACCCACUACCUUCCCCUGCAGAAGCACCACCUGAUGCUGGUCUACACCGUCUUCAUUGUUGUCAAUAAGUCUCGGAUGAUGCUGACCGGCUCCUCCUCCUCACCUUUCGCCGCCAUCGAGUCCAUCCUCUACAAGACCCUUUUUACAGGCCACUCCCCUUACUCCGCCCUCACAGGUGAGGUAAAGGAGCCGUGCAUCGAUAAUGGCGACGCAAAAAGCGCAGCGAAGGAGAACGGAUCCUCCAGAUCUCCCGGCGCCGCUGGGGAAGGACAACGCAGAGCCAAAGAGGAGCCCAAGAGCUCGGAUGCAAAAAAAUCCAAGAAGAUCAACUAGUUAGCCUUUAGCAUGUAGCAGCUUUUCAGGGUCAUGGAGUCAUCCCUAACGUUGAUUGAUUUGCUGUGUUGGGGGAUUGAUCUGUGUUUGUUUGUCUGAGAAUGAAUUUUUGUUGAAACAUUUUCUUUUCCAUAAGCUGUUCCUUCAAACGUUUGAAAUUGCUGGACUUCUGCAAACUCUGCACUUUUCUCUGGGAUGACCCAUCCCCCCACCACCACCCUUAAGGAGCUGUGAAGGACAUCCUGUUUGAAGGAACUUCACAGAACGCUUCGACCAAAUACACUUUCAGAGAAAUAUUUAUUUUCAGAGAGAAAAAAAAGUAUAUUAAUAUUUCCAGGUUUUGGGGACCAAUGCUGUUUACCUGCUGAUUUAAGAAUGUAUACGCCUUUCGUUGAUAUCUAAAAGUUUCUUAUUCUAACAUAUAUUUUUAAAGAGAUAUCCAGAUGUUUUAUUAUAUUUAUGCAACCUAAACGCAUUCUUGAAUGUCAAAUAUUUAGAAACGGAAUGCAAAUAUAUUUUGUUGGAUUGAUAAAUGCCUUAAAUGAAAACUGACAAUAAACGGGUUUCUGUGUGA